GCCAGCUCAGAGGACACAACCCAAAGAUCGCCCCCCCCCACCGCUGAGUGUUCUCUCGUCUUGUGACAGUCCGGAUAAUGCGACGGGGUCCAAUACACACACACACACAAAACAUCCAAACCUCAAUGUCAAUCCACUGCUCGAUUUCUGACGGUUCGAGGUCGUUUUUUUUGUUUGGGUGGAGCGGCGGCGCAGUGGCUAGUGUGAUGCCCUUUCGAACCACGUUAACCUGAGUUCGACUUUCGGCCAGAGAGAGAGAGAGAGGCAUCUUCUCCGAUCGUCACUGACCUGCGGAGUGAGGUGUUCUUUUUCCAGCUGGCAGCCCAGCCCCCACGUGCUGCAGCAGCAGCAGCAGCCAAAAAAGCCAGCAGCACCGAGACAGUCACCUAAACAAUACAUCCUCUGCAAACGCGGACCGCCCCGCGCCGGCCGCGUCAUACACACUUCGAGCUUAUAAAACAAAACAAAAAGCAGCCACUCUUUCUCCAUUUGGAAACAACUCAAGCCGUACAAACACUACGUGCAUGCGCACGCCUUACACUCAGGCCGCAUAGACAACGGCGGCAGUGGCAACAACGCAACCAUCACCCCGUCACACAGCAUGUCCACGCAUUGCAACGAGGUUCUGGUCACCUGGAUGGGGCUGUGCAUGGCUGCGGCAGGUGUGCUCAACACCCUGGGCAAGGAGAUGGCCUACGGUCGCUUCUGGGACCGCGAGGGACGGCCGCGGGUGAUGCUUCCCGCAAGGCUGGCGUGGUGCACGCAGGAGAUGCCCUCUUUGGCGGUGCCAGUGAUCCUCCUGCUGGUGCACGUGGGCUCCUCCGAACGCGGCUCCGUCGACACGGUGAACAUUGUGCAUCUCGCAAUGUUCUGCGGGCACUACUUCCAGAGGACAUUCAUCUUCUCUUUGCUGUCUCGGGGCCGCCCCACAUCCUUGUCGGUCAUGGUCAAGGCAUUUGUAUUUUGCACCCUCAACGGAUACCUGCAAAGCUACAACCUUCUAAAAUGCAAGAGCUACCCGUCGAACUGGCUCACCGAUGCACGUUUUCUCAUAGGCUCCAUCAUCUUCCUGGCUGGCGUGGCUAUGAACAUUCACAGCGAUUGGAUCCUUCGAAAUCUGCGGAAACCUGGGGAGUAUGUGUACAGAAUCCCACGUGGAGGGUUGUUCGAGCUGGUCUCAGGCGCCAACUUCCUGGGCGAGAUUGUGGAGUGGAUCGGCUACGCCCUGGCCACCUGGACCUUCCCUGCCUUUGCCUUCGCUAUUUUCACCAUCGGUUGCAUCGGGCCUCGUGCCCUGCACCACCACCGGUGGGGGGUCCCGAUCAGGCGCACGAGUUGGCAUGGGUCACCAGGCAACGAUCGUGGAGUUGAGCCAUCUCAUACUCUGAACAAGUCAACGCCGAAAUUCUCACGACUGCUUCAGAAUAUUACCAUGAAAAGUUUUCAGACUAUCCCAAGUCAAGAAAAGCUUUAAUUCCCUAUUUUCUGUAAAGGCCACUGCUGGCCUUAAUUGAGUUGUCACUGUGCUUUAUAUUUUAAUAAAACAUUAUAGAAUUUACAUUUGCUGAUCAUAUAUCCUUUAAAGCAAAUAAGUGGCAUGGAAAAUAUAGUUCCAUGGUAUAACAUUUUUGGUUUCUAUUAUUACGUUUAAUAUCCUCAUAUUUUGGUAGUGGUCUAGGUUAAAUAUAUGAAGGUCACAAAAUCAAUAAAAAAUAUAUUUUUAUUCGGGUGACUCAAAUGGACUAGUGGGGUUUCAGUUUUUUUGGGUCACACCCUCCUCUCAAUUUGUUACUCUUGGUGUAAAAGUCAACAGCUGAGAAUGUCCUUCUAAUCUGUUCAUAUUUAUCGAUGAGAUAUUUUUGCCAGUAUCAAAAUGAAAAAAGUAAUAAGAAUAGGUUUUACCCUUUAUAGCAAUAAAACAGCUAUUAAGAUAUUCAAAAACUGCUGAAUCGGAACUAUAAAUGCUCUGAUACGUGUGUAGUGUUCUUCACGGAGGCACACACUAGAACUUGGAGGCAACACGUUUAGUACACGGCCCUAACAGGGUGACUACUUAAACGUAACAACGGGUUCUAUAUCUAGGUGGUAACUGUUAACGAGACCACAAUGGGGUAACUACAGGACAGUGAUAUUUUGAAAUUUACCUAUUUUCCAGAACAUUCCAGAUAAAUUCUGUGCUGAGUAAACUUGGAGUAACUUCUAGAACA